AUGACUUUAACUGAACUACUUUCAUUAUUUCUUCCUCUUUUUUUAUUUUUUCCUUUGCUUUUUUCCAUCGUUAUUCUAAAAACUUCUCCUUCUCCCGCUGCCUCUUCCUCCUGUUUUCUCUUGUUUUUCUCCAACCUUCACGCUUGCUUUUUUCUUUCUACUUUUACUUUUCUCUCACUCUCUCCUCUUCUCUCAUGUAAUUUCUUAUUCGUUCAUUCAUUUAACUUUUCUCUUCGUUCAUUCAUUUCACUUUUCUCUUCGUUCUUAACACUUCAUUUCUUUCUUUUUACACUCAUUUUUUCUCGUUUUUUUUCCGUACUUUUUCUUAUUUCCUCUCUCUUCCUUACUUUCAGUUUAAAACUUCUUCAUUUCUCUUUAUACUUUUACCAUUACUCACUCCAUCUUUGUGUCAAGCUUAUUUUUCUCAUUGUUCUUUUCUUCUUUAACUCUCCACAUUAUGCUAUUAAAGUUUUGGUAUAUUUUUUGUAUAUCAUUGUUUUUACUUAUCCUCUCUUUUUCUAUUUUUUCUUACCUCUUCUUUUUUCCCCCCUCUGUCUUUUGCUCUUCUUAUUUUUUUAUCUUUCUUUUUCUUUUUUCUUUUCUUUUUUUUCUCUCUCUCCUUCCCUCUUUUACAAUCCCCCUUUUCCUCUCUUCUGUUUUUCCUCCUUUUGUCACUUCUUUACCUCUCUUCUCCCCCUGUCCCUUUUCUCUUUAUCAUUUUCCCUUCUCUUUAUUUCCCCUUCAGUUUUUCCUUUCCCUCAUUUGUUUUACCAUCCGCUCCCUUUUUCCCUCUUAAUUUUCAUCUAUCUUUUCUCCUUGCUUCCUUCUUUCUUCUCGUUUCGACAUUUCCUUUCCAGUCUCGCAGAGUAG